AGUGCUCCGCUCCCUUUCGGAACGCGGUGACAGACGCUCUGCCGCAAUGGGGUCUUGGAUUAAGGGUCAGAGCUGCCUAGCGACCGGGUUGCUGCAGAACCGAGUGGCCGUGGUUACCGGCGGGGCCACGGGCAUCGGAAAAGCCAUCUCCCGGGAGCUCCUGCACCUGGGGUGUAAUGUGGUCAUUGCUUCCCGGAAGCUGGACAGAUUAAACGCUGCUGCAGAUGAGCUAAGAAAGUCCCUGCCUCCCUCCAGCCACGCUCAGGUCACUGCCAUACAGUGCAACAUCAGGAACGAGGAAGAGGUGAACAAUUUGGUCAGAUCUACCUUAGCUAAGCAUGGUAAGAUCAACUUCUUGGUAAACAACGGAGGAGGCCAGUUCCUGUUUCCUAUUGAAGACAUCAGUGCAAAGGGAUGGCAAGCUGUGAUCGAAACCAACCUGACAGGCACUUUCUACAUGUGUAAAGCAGUUUACAAUUCCUGGAUGAAAGACCAUGGAGGAUCUAUUGUCAAUAUCAUUGUCCUUAUUAACAAUGGGUUCCCAGCAGCCUCGCACUCCGGCGCUGCAAGGGAAGGCGUUUACAACCUCACCAAAUCCAUGGCUCUGGCUUGGGCCAAAAGUGGAGUAAGGAUCAACUGUGUUGCUCCUGGAACCAUUUAUUCCAAGACUGCUGCUGACAACUACGGUGAAUUGGGACAAAGCAUGUUUGAAAUGGCCUUUAACACUAUCCCAGCUAAGCGCAUUGGAAUCCCCGAGGAGGUCUCCUCUGUAGUGUGCUUCCUGCUGUCCCCUGCAGCUUCCUUCAUCACUGGACAAUUGGUCAAUGUGGACGGGGGCCAGUCUUUGUAUACUCACUCCUUCGAUAUACCAGAUCAUGACAACUGGCCUGAGGGAGUUGGGGACCUUUCUGUGGUCAAGAGAAUGAAGGAAUCUUUUAAGAAGAAGGCGGCCAAGCUCUAAGUCAAGAAAGCACUACCGUCUUGUCCCUGUGUGCCUUAGCAUCUUGAGAAGGUUUUGUACGUCACAAGACCUUAUAAUUUCUGUGGGGGGAAAAAAACUAAUGUUAACGUUAUCAAUUUCACCUGUGCAAAAACUUCUCCCCAAAUAAAUGUAUCUUCAUGUGCAAACCAGUUAUCCGAUUUUAUUUUAUUUUGAACUAUGUGUAAAAGUGGGGUGGGGUGGGGUAUGUGCACAAGAGCACAGUGCCCAAAGGGGCCUCAGGUCCCCUACGAGCAGAGCAGGAAUUUCAGAUAGGUGUAAGCCACCUGACAUGGGUGCUGGGAACUGAAGUCACUCUUCUUCCAGAAAAGCCCUAGAUGUGCUUAACCACUGUGCCAUCUCUCUAUCAGAAAUACGGUUUCCGACAGUGGCAACCCACAGUUUGAGAACCAGUGUCCUACACUGUCUGCCAUCCCGUUGACAACACUUACGGCCAGCUGGCAAAAGAAAAAGUCAUGUAAGGGCCCAGUUCAAUUUCCACAAAGCUGACAGACAGUAACCUGUAAAACUGUCUGGGGUGAAGCUUAACUGCACAGCCUACAUGAAGUUCUGGUUCGAUCCCCAGCACCUCGUAAACUAGAUCUAGAGGUACAUUCCUGUAAUCCUAGUGUUCAGGAGGGAAAGCGGGGGGCUCAGUUCAACGUCAUCUUCCACUGCAGUGUGUUCCA